AGGUUUUUUUUUUUCACCCGUUUCUUUUCUGCUCACUGGCUGCACUUCACAGAGGAGGACAGCUAUGUGUUUAGCUGGACCGUUUGACCCCUUGUGAGGGUUAAAGUGUCUGUUUUCCAGUCUUUGGAUAGGGGUUUGUAAUUCUCGGGCCCGCGACAAAAUGAUGCGCUUCAUGCUGCUCUUCAGCCGCCAAGGGCGUCUGCGUCUGCAGAAGUGGUUCACGGCCAUUUCAGAACGGGAGAAGAAGAAGAUUAUCAGGGAGAUGACAACCAUGGUCUUGGCAAGGCCACCUCGUACCUGCAACUUCCUUCGGUGGAAAGACCUGAAGAUUGUUUACAAGAGGUAUGCGAGCUUGUAUUUCUGUUUGGGCGUAGAGGAUGAAGAGAACGAGCUGUUAGCCCUGGAGAUUAUUCAUCGCUACGUUGAGCUGCUGGACAAAUACUUUGGCAAUGUGUGUGAGCUGGACAUAAUCUUUAACUUUGAGAAGGCCUAUUUUAUCCUGGAUGAGUUUUUAAUGGGAGGAGAGAUACAGGAAACCUCCAAACAGAUUGUGAACCGCGCCAUUGAAUCCUCAGACAUGUUACAAGAGGAUGACCACAGUGAGUGGUAUGAUGUGGAGCUGUUUGGAUGACCUUGAAUAUGGACAGACAGACCAUGGAGGAGUAUAUGAGCAAACCUGCGUUUUAACUCAUGGAGAAGGAGGACAAUACAUCACGGAGGACGCCACUGGCUGGAUGAACUGUAAAUGGGGGCGUGAAGUUUCUAAAAUAAAAUGUGCUUGCUUUUAAUGUUUUUAUUCCAAGGUUUUGGAAUGGGUAGGAUUAUUUUUGUUACUCAUUUUUACUGAAUUGAAAUGACACUGCAAUAAAGGAUGAUAGGGGGUUUUGUCCGUUUUUCAUUAUAAUCGUGUUUCAUUCAUGUUAAAACCAUGUGUUGAUGUAUUUAUUGUAAGACAUUUUCACCCCAAGAAAACAUUCCAUCACAAGUGUGCUACUCCGAAUUGUCACUCAGAAUUACACAUCGUUUUUCACACACAGCAAAAUGCCUAAUUAUGAAAUAUUUCUUACAAUUUUUUUUAAUCUAUAAACCAGAUGAUAAAACAUUUUGUGGUAUAUAGAGCAGCUGUUAAUGUGAAUUUUUAACAUGGACAUUUUAUGAUUAAAAUGUAUGUUUUGAUAUAAAAAAAAAGGCUGUUUU